AUGCUCCUGGUGGAUGUCCUCCUCAGUGUGACCGCCCUGACAUCGCUUGCCGUCCCAAUCGCCUACGUCAAGGGACAAUGGCUCGCGAGCAGUCGAGGGUUCUCACUCGGCGGGCAGGGCACAGACGCCGCACGAGAAAGGAAGGGUGCAGGAGAGGAUGGCCGACGCAAGGCCAAGAAGAACCCAGACCAGGCGCGAAGAGCCGCGACGACCACUGGCUCCGGCCUCUCCAAGUCGGCGCCGCUGCGCGGAGGAGGUGGCGGGCCGUCGGCAACCGCCACGCUGAGGCACUCGCUCGCGCCCGGCGGCAAGGGCACGAUGGCUGACGAGCUCGACAUGUCGGACCUGAACUCCAGCAUUGAGAUCGAUGCCGGCCACGCUGAUCGCUCACUCGACGCGUCCGACUCGUUCGAGCUGGAGGAGCUCGGCCGCGGCUCGGCCGCCCCUGCCUCCUCCUCUUCGAAGGCGGCCUCCAAGACGCGUGCACCGGCGCUGGCCGCCACGGCGCGCGCGCCGCCCGAGAAGGAGGAGCUCGAGUACUCGAUGUCCUUCGAGGCCGACGCCCUCCCGCCGACUGCGCCGCAAGAGCCGACGGCGCUCACGCCGGCGCUGUCCGUCCCUGUCGCGCAGCCGGGCGCUACUCCGCCGGCCGCUCCGCAAGCUGCUCCGCCGGGGCCGGUCGCAGCCCCGUCGCGCGUCAACCUCUCCAACAUCAAGCCGCUCGCGGCGGACGCGCGCGAGGCGCUCGACCGACUCCGCUCGCUGACGCGCGAGGGCCCGUCCGGCGGCGCGCACGUGGCGCACGAGAUCGAGGUGCAGCAGCUGCACGCGCGCCUCGCCGGCGCGCUAAGCGCGGACGAGCUGGCUACGAUGGCUCGCUCUGGCCCGCUGGUCGCUCAGACAGACCUGAGACGUUGCAUUUAG